GGACGCAGUAAUACCCUGGACUUAGCCUCCAAAUAACCAUUAUAUAACAGGAGUCACAUCGCACCGGAGACUAGAGGAACCAGCAGUUGUGUGGAAACUUUGCGCUCUCGUCUUUCGUAAACUACGCGCGUCCUUGUAGCUCUCGCAAUGAGUUCGCGAAUUGGUAUUUCUUGUUUACAAGAAGCCAAACGAGUAGCUAUUUUUGGAGGCACACAUGGAAAUGAGAUGUCUGGCAUUACGCUCGUAAAUAUGUGGACACAGAAUUCAGCCGAGAUAGAGAGAAACGGACUGGUGGUCAAGCCGUUCAUAAGCAACCCUAGAGCGGUGGAGAAAUGCACCAGGUACAUCGACACGGAUCUGAACAGAGCCUUUACACCCGAGAACCUCAGUACUCCAGAGGUUGAAGGGCUGCCAUAUGAAGUCCAGAGGGCCAAGGAAAUAAAUCGGAUGUUCGGACCCAAAGGGAGCUCGAACGCAUACGAUGUCAUCUUUGACCUUCACAACACCACCUCAAACAUGGGCUCCACCCUCAUUCUGGAAAGCUCAACAGACCUCUUCAACCUUCAGAUGGUGCAUUAUAUUAAAAAAGCUAUGGCUCCCCACACCUGUUCAGUACUGUUAAACGAACACCCACAGCUGAAGUAUUCAACCACCCGCUCUGUGGCUAAACACCCUAUUGGUCUCGAGGUGGGUCCUCAGCCACAAGGUGUUUUGAGAAGCAAUGUAUUUGAGUCCAUGAGGACGAUACUGAAGCAUGCGCUGGACUUCCUCGAGCUCUUCAAUAGUGGUGUAGAGUUUCCUCCAUGUACAGUGGAUGUAUUCAGAGUCCAGGAGAGAAUGGACUAUCCCAGAGACACCAACGGCAACAUCACAGCUAUGGUGCAUCCUCAUCUCCAGGACUGUGACUGGGAGCCUUUGAACCGGGGGGACCCUAUGUUCCUAACGUUCGAUGGAAGAACAAUCCUUUAUGAAGGUGCCAACACAGUGUACCCCACGUUUAUUAAUGAGGCUGCAUAUUAUGAAAAACAGCAGGCGUUCAUGACCACCUGUAGAGAAAUACUAGCUGCCAAUGCUAUCAGAAAAGCAUUCAAGUAAUGUUUUCUCUUAAAAGUCACUAUGAUCACACUCAGAUAGUUGACAUGGUUCUCAUGUACUGUACUUUAUCUAAAUGUCAACUUUAAUAUUUUUCUAAUUCUUGGAAACUACAGAACUAUUUAAUUGAAAAGUAAAAAAGCCAAAAGUGUGCAAAAAGUGACUAAAUUUUACACUAUAUAACAUAUAAAACACAACUAUUCAGAUGUUUAUGGUCAGUAAGAUUGUUUUUAAAGAAAUUAAUACAAAGGUAUAAUUUAACAAAAAUAUAUUUCAAAUAAAUGCUAUUAUUUUGAACGUACUGUUUUUACAAAAAUAUUUCGAAAAGGAUCGUGUGACACUGAAAGCUGGAGUAAAAUUUACAUUUCACAUCACAGGAAUAAAUUAUUAUGUAUAAAUCACUACAUUUUAAAUUAUUUAAAAAUAAAUGAUUUUAAAGUAUAUUACGAUAGAGACAGGUAUUUUAAAUUUACAAUAUUUAUUUAGUAAUGUAUUUUUUGACUAUAUUUUUGCCCCCAAAGGAUUGUGUGUGUGCGCACACAAAUACACUGCUGUUAAAAAGUCUGGGAUCAGUAAGAAUUUUAAUGUUUUUAAAGAAAUCUUUUCUGCUCAUCAAGGCUGCGUUUAUUUGAUUAAAAAUACAGAAAAAACUGUAAUGUUGUGAAAUAUUAUUGCAAUUUAAAACAGUGAUUUUCUAUAUGAAUAUGGUUUAAAAUGUAAUUUAUUUCUGUGAUGCAAAGCUGAAUUUUCAG